AUGUCUGCUCGCGCCACCACCCCCAACAGCCUUCUUCCCCUCUCUACUACCACUGCCCCCGAGGAGGAGACCUUUAUCAGAGAUCUCAAUGUCCGCCUCGCCGCUGUCCAGGCUGAAAACGUCGUCAGGCCCAUCCGACAGAUAUCCCCGGUGUACUUCCCCGGCGCCCCCAUCGGGACCCCCCAUCCCUCCUACCCCUCCCACCCCUCUCGAACCACCCCCGUCGGCUGGUCCGAGAAAUCGACUCUCGACAUCUUCUCUCACGCCCAUAUCCACACAUAUGGCGAUAUCGAGCUCGGCCUCCAGGCCUCCAACAGUAUCGCUCCCCCUACCAGUGCCAAGAGGCAGCGAAAGGCCCCGAGGUGGGUGGCGUAUGUUGCGGCGUCGUUGUUUAUGGGGGGCGUCGUUGUGGGAUCGGUCGUUGGGUUGGUUUACUAUAUGACGAAGCACCGCGAUGUGAGCAGUUAG